GUUUUAAAUUUACUGUUUUAUUAUCUUUUAAUUACUGUAUAUAAUUAUAUAUAAUUGUAUUAUCUGUACUGUUUUGUCAUUAAUUAAUUGUAUUUUGUUUUUUUUGUAUUUCAGCUUACUGUAGCCGCUGAGGGAGCUCACCCCCAUACCGGUCAGGUAUGGAUCCCCGGUGGAGGAGCAGACCUCUUCCAAUAGUGGCGCAGUCAGGAAAUUUUUGCUUCAGGACUCGUCCUGUGUCUGCGUGGCAGGGUGAAGAUCCAGCCACCUGUGAGGAGCCUCAGAUGAAGCGGAGGGCCCAAAUUAAGAAGUGCACAGAAGGUCAGCUGGAGGGACUCCUUCCCACCUCCCACCCAUUGCCUUCAACCACACCUGAAAGGGAUGGCUGUGAGGCUCUGGUGGCGGUUGCGGAGGCAGAACCCUUGAACAGGCUGAACACUGCUGGUCCAGUUGCACAGUGUGAGGAAGCCCCGAUCGAGUCCCUCACCACCACCCACCACCCGGAGACAUUCAGCCAGUCAUGUGUCGAUGUCCUGGUUCUGGUUGCGGAGGCGGAUCCCUCUCACAGGCUGGACACCAACAGCACCGAGCCUGAGUCUGAGCCAGUGCCAGUUGCACAGGCUGAGGGGGAUCUGGAGAGCAGCGUGGAGGUCGUGGUGGAGAGCACAGAAACGGCUCCAAAAACACAGAGACGACGGCUACAGCGCUGUCUGAGACUCUGGAGGAGCACAGCCUCUACCCUACUCUCCUGCUUUCCUUGUAGGGUAAAAAGAAAUAACAAAAAUGGAGAGGAUAAAUAGAAUGAGGGUGGAUUUAUACAUAGAAAGGGGGAUGAUAUAUAGGUAGAUAGAUAGAAAUGGGGAUGAUAUAUAGGUAGAUGGAUAUAAAAGGGGAUGAUAUAUAGGUAGAUAGAUAGAAAGGGGAAUGCUAUAUAGGUAGAUAGAUAGAAAAGGGGAUGAUAUAUAAGUAGAUAGAUAGAAAUGGGGAUGAUAUAUAGGUAGAUAGAUAGAAAGGGGAAUGCUAUAUAGGUAGAUAGAAAAGGGGAUGAUAUAUAGGUAGAUAAAUAGAAAAGGGGAUGACAUAUAGGUAGAUAGAUAGAAAAGGGGAUGACAUAGGUAGAUAGAUAGAUA